AUGCGGCAAAUGUGUUGCACCCUUACAGCAAAUUUUCCUUGCACAACCAAGUUAGUUUCAAUUGGCCAAAAACCACCGCCUAGGUCGGCUUGUCUAACCCAGGAUCAUUGUCUCUGGCGUCAGAGAAACCAAGUGGAAAUCGAACAGUUGGCAAAGCUGCUGGGAUACAAGCCCGAGGAAAUCGAUGGCUUUCUUUUUAAUCUAAGCCUACGGAACUAUAAUGAUCUAUUGAAGCCCAAGGGUAAUGGAUGGGAUGGCUGCAAUGUGCCCCUUUGUUAUCCGUAUGUCUGUGAUCGGUACAUGGCCAUAUUCGAUCAUCGUGGCAACCUACGAAGUCCCAUCCAUACAAGGAGUCUGGAUAGUUUACUUCCGUUACUGCUGGAUUACCUGAAUGGCGAUUCGCCUAAUGAUCGCAAGGACAAGCCCAUUUAUAAGGUGUAUCCUGACGAACACCAGGGGAAACGCCGUUCAAGUAUCGAAAGUGAGAAAGUUUUAGGCGCAGGCAAGGAACAGAAUGUUUUACAAAGUCUGGCAUCUUCAGAUUGGAUCUUUCAGAUCUUCGGCAGUCCAAGGGAAUCAAAAAGCGGGAAAAAAACAACCUCCCGCCGUAAACCGCAAUCGGUGAAUGGAACGGAAUUAGAGUCUGAAUUUGAAUUAGAAUCUCAAAAGGACAAAAAGAAUAGGAGAAAUAAAACCUUUGGUCGGCAGUCUGUGUUUCUUAAUGAUGAACUAGCCCUAGCUUAUGACAAGUCUUAUGAUUAUGCGGAAUAUCUGAUGAAAACUUUGGGUCGGCAUCGUUUUAGGGACAGCUAUGUAGGUCCCGUGGGAGAUUUAAGAACAGCACGUACUCGCCUUCUUAUCAGGGACUUGAUCGCCAGAAAAGGAAUGAAUAUAACUGAAAAAAAUUUAAGAAAGGCCCUAAAAAAGAUUGAUCUCGAGUGGAAGGGAACAGCACGUGCAGAUAAUAAACGUGAAUUGAAAACUGCUCAGGAGAUUUCCAGGCUUUACAAUGCCAUUGUUCAGACGCCAUCCAUUGACUCUAUUCCUUGGGAAAUUAUAGGUAAGGUCAGAGAGAACUAUCCAAAGGUUCCAAAAGCCUCGAAAUCUCCCAGAAAAUACUCGGCCGACCAAGACCCAUUGCCUUUCCACGAACCUUUUGCUCAAAAAAAGAACAGGACCUGGCCACGGCGACAUUCAAGACGUUUCCCCCGAAAUACCAAUUACAAACUAUCAACUACACGGAUCAAGCGAUAUAUAAACACAUCCAUGAAGAAUCAAAUAGAGCCGGUCGAAGAUGAGUCUUCAAUUUAUUCAACUCGGAGCGAAAGGGGAAGAUUGCAGAAAUGAGGGGCUUAAGAUGCCUUGCUUGGUGGUUCCAAAUUAUAAAUGGGCUUGAUGUAAAAUGUUUUUCUUUUUCAUUUCUGAUUAUCCCAGCA